CAGGUCAAAAGGCAGCUGCCAUUGAAAGUUAGUGAGCGCCUGUUUCCAAGACAGCAAGCACCAGGGGGGCCACCAGGAGCAUUAACGGAAAGCUUAAAUUACCUAAAUGACUGAUCAUGGUCUCCAGCUGCCAAAGAAGGUUGUGGAUGCCAAGAGAAAGGUAACCAUUUCUCAUCCCCUCGAGUGUAACUGGAUGCCUCUAGGAGCCCACACCGGCUGGCAGUAGACAUGGCUGAACUUACAAACUACAAGGAUACCGCCUCCAGCCGCCACCUGCGGUUUAAGUUACAGAGUCUAAGCCGCCGUCUCGAUGAGUUGGAGGAAGCCACAAAAAACCUCCAGAAAGCAGAGGAUGAGCUCCUGGAUCUGCAGGACAAGGUGAUUCAGGCAGAAGGCAGCAACUCCAGCAUGCUGGCGGAGAUUGAAGUGCUGCGCCAGCGAGUGCUGAGAAUCGAAGGCAAAGAUGAGGAAAUUAAGAGAGCGGAGGACCUGUGUCAGCUGAUGAAGGAGAAGCUUGAAGAGGAAGAAAACCUCACCCGGGAGCUGAAAUCAGAGAUUGAGCGGCUUCAGAAACGAAUGGCUGAACUGGAGAAGCUGGAGGAGGCCUUUGGCAGGAGUAAGAAUGAUUGUACCCAACUCUGUCUGAGUCUGAAUGAGGAGAGAAACCUGACAAAGAAGAUCUCCUCGGAGCUGGAAAUGCUCAGGGUCAAAGUGAAAGAACUGGAAUCUUCCGAGGACCGCCUGGAUAAAACUGAGCAGAGUUUAGUGUCAGAGUUAGAAAAGCUGAAAUCGUUAACUCUGAGCUUUGUAAGUGAGAGAAAAUACUUGAAUGAAAAGGAGAAAGAAAAUGAGAAACUGAUAAAAGAGCUCACUCAGAAACUGGAGCAGAACAAAAAAAUGAACCGAGAUUAUACAAGGAAUGCUUCUAAUCUUCUGGAAAGGAAUGACCUACGGAUUGAGGACGGGAUCUCCAACACACUGCCAUGCAAAGAAUCAAGAAGGAAGGGCACUCUGGACUAUCUAAAGCAGGUAGAGAACGAGACAAGAAACAAAUCCGAAAAUGAAAAGAACCGAAAUCAGGAAGACAACAAAGUUAAAGACCUUAACCAAGAGAUUGAGAAACUUAAGACACAAAUCAAACAUUUUGAAUUUUUGGAAGAAGAACUUAAGAAAAUGAGGGCCAAAAAUAAUGAUCUUCAGGAUAAUUACCUAAGUGAACAAAAUAAAAACAAACUCUUAGCCAGCCAGCUGGAGGAGAUAAAGCUACAAAUCAAGAAACAGAAAGAGUUAGAGAAUGGGGAGGUGGCAGGGGACGAGGCCUUCCUGUCCAGCAAAGGCAGGCACGAGAGGACUAAGUUCAGAGGCCAUGGGAGUGAGGCACCUGUGUCCAAGCACACGCCCCGGGAACUGUCCCCUCAGCAUAAGCGGGAGAGGCAUCGAAACAGGGAGUUUGUGCUCAACAGUGAAAACUAUUCUCUGGGCAACAGGCAGGUUUCCUCUCCCAGUUUCACUAAUAGGAGGGCAGCCAAAGCUUCCAACGUAGGGGCGGCUGCAGACAGUGGGACUCAGGAGACCAGGAGAACUGAAGACCGGUAUGCAUCGGGCUCUUCUCAGAGUGAAGGGAGGAGGCCCCGGGAGCAGCCUUCAGUGCUCAGCCGCUACCCACCAGCUGCUCAGGAGCACAGUAAAGCUUGGAAGGGUACUCCCAAGCCAGGUACCGAGAGUGGGUUGAAGGGAAAAGUGGAGAAGACAACACGAACAUUUAGUGACAGUACCACCCAUGGAUCUGUUCCCAGUGACAUACUGGGUAGAGCUGACAAGGCCUCUGACACCUCCACGGAGGCCCUCUUUGGCAAGAGGGGGCAGGUACCUGGCAAUGGAAGUCCGUUAAAUCAGGCUGCAGACUGUGGCAGUCCUAAGGGGAUUGGGUCCCUGGCCUCAUCUCGAAGAUCUUCCUCAGAAGGGCUCUGCAAGGGCAAAAAGGCUGUCACUGGCCAGGAGGCUGAUACCGGUUCCUCAAAUUCCAAGCCUCCACUUUUAUCAAAGUAUCCUUAUAGCUCCAGAAGCCAAGAGAACAUCCUUCAGGGCUUUUCAACCCCAAACAAAGAAGGCAUCGAUCAACCCGUAGCCGUUGUGAUGGAAGACAGUAGUCCACACGAGGCCCUGAGGUGCCGAGUCAUCAAAUCCAGUGGCAGAGAGAAGCCAGACUCAGAUGACGAUGUGGACGUAACCUCUCUCGUGACUGCCAAGUUGGUAAACACAACCAUCACUCCGGAGCCAGAGCCAAAACACCAACCCAACUCUAGGGAAAAAGCCAAAUCCCGAGGGGGACUUAGAACCUCCCUGUUUGAGACUGAUAAAGAUGUUGGGACAGAAAAUGAAUCUGUGAAACCUGUCCGAGCCUCCGCCAAUGCCGUGGAGUUCCCAGAUACCAACGGUGCUGGGGCUACAAGCCAGCGGCCCUUCAGCCCCAGAGAGGCCUUGCGGUCCAGGGCCAUCAUCAAACCUGUCAUCAUUGAUAAGGAUGUGAAAAAAAUCAUGGGAGGAUCUGGAACGGAGGCCACCACGGAGAAGCAGAAAUCCACCUCCAGACCAGGGCCAAACAAGGUGACAAGCAGCAUAACCAUCUACCCCUCCGACAGCCCCAGCCCUCGGUCCGCCCCAGGUGAGGCCCCGCGGGAGAGGCACAUGUCCACCAGCAACAUCCAGCUUGGGCCAGCAGAGCUCCCGUCAGGUAGCAACCACGUCAGCGCCCCCUUGGAGCUCUCCAUUCACAAACAUGACAUUGCCUUGCAGCUCCCGGAAGCUGAAAGAACGGGAGAUGGGCCCCUGAAGAACAGGCCAGAAACAGUGGUCUCUCGGAGCAGCAUUAUAAUCAAGCCCUCAGACCCCGUGGAGAGAAAUAGCCAUGCACCCCCAGCAGAGACAAUCAGGUGGAAAAGCCAUGGUGCCCCUUCAGAAGCGGGCUCUGCAGACACCAGGCAUGUUACCGUGCGGAACGCCUGGAAGAGUCGGCGAGACUUGAACUCUUUAGAAGACCCCCCAGCUCGAGGAGGCAGAAACGUGGAAGCUCCCAACGCCUACACCCAGAGGGCCGCCACAGACUGUUCAGACCUCGGACAGCCCAGGUUGUACCUUUGCGAGCAGGGCACCCAAAGGGCAGGAAAUUCAGGGGACGCCCCCGAGCUCGCCUCCAGAAGGAGCCACAGUAGCCUCACCGUGUCCGAGGUGCUCACUCGUCGGAAUCGGGUGGGAGACGCAGCCACCGCGGCAGCCUGGAACCACUCAGCAGGCGCGGAAGAGGAAGGGGACGACUGCGCACUCGGUGCCCACAGGCGACCGCACAACUCUCUGGAGCGGUGUGAGCUGCCUGCGAAGCCGGGGCCGUCAGAGCUGGGGCGAGCCCGGGCUGAGGAGCGGUUACGGCCAGCCAGGCCCUGCGCCGAGGACAACUGAGCCUGCUGGGUGAGGUCUGCCGUCUCCUCUGCUCCCGCUUCUCCGCUCUCCUGCCUUCCUGCCCUAUGAAGGACGCCGGGCCAGUUAACGAGGCUGGACGCCAGGCCUUGGCUGGGAGAGACGGCAGACCAGGCUGUGGCUCAGGUCAUUUUUGCCAGUUGGCCAGAGGGGAUCAGAAACUAUAAGCUGGACAUAAGUCACCCAGGCCCGGCCUUCCCCAAUGCAUGAGUCCUCUCUCCUUGUCCCUGUCCCCAGGUCGGAUGGGCCCCUCUGGCCCCCAAAUGGGGAACGCUAUAGAAACCCCUUGUAUCCUCGUCACACAACAGCAGCCGAAAGCCCUUCUCUGCUCCUUGGUGGGUCAGAGGGCGCCCUUUCAGUGCUUAGUUUCUUCCAGUUCACUCCUUGUUUGGUCUAGGGGCC